GUCACUUUUCUCUUAAAGGAAACCUAGCGACCGUAUCAGAAAAAAGAAGAAUUACCCAUUUGUCCUGCUGAUUUCAUUCGUCUGCGCCGCGUGCUUGAUUUGAUUCCUCGCAAGCAAACCUUCUUCCAUCACACCUUUUUGGCACCACAUCUCUUUUACUUCCACAUCGUCGUAGCAAAUCAUGGCUGAUGAAAAUAAUGAGAUAAAGGAAGUGAAGGACGAGCAAGAUCUCGCACCCUUUGAUCCAACCAAGAAGAAGAAGAAGAAGAAAGUUGUCAUUCAAGAUCCUAUCGAGGACGCUACAGAGUCAUCACAGCCCGAGAAAUCUGAUUCACUGCCUGCUAAUGAUGGCCUUGAGAGUUCCUUUGCUGGACUGAAGAAAAAGAAGAAGAAGCCUGUUGAAAUUUCAAGCUCACUGAAUGAAGAAAGUCUCGAUGCUGCAGAAGAGUUGGAUGAGCAUGCUAAUGAUGACGAGGAAGAUGCAGAGGGAAUAGAUUUGCAGCAGCAGCAGCAGCAACGUUACCCCUGGGAGGGAAGUGAUAGGGAUUACAUAUACGACGAGCUUCUUGGCAGAGUCUUUAACAUUCUCCGUGAAAACAAUCCGGAACUUGCUGGAGAUAGACGGCGUACGGUUAUGAGGCCUCCUCAAGUUCUUCGUGAGGGAACGAAGAAGACUGUGUUUGUCAACUUCAUGGACCUUUGCAAGACGAUGCAUCGUCAGCCGGAUCAUGUAAUGAAUUUCUUGCUUGCUGAGUUGGGUACGAGUGGUUCGCUUGACGGGCAGCAACGAUUGGUUGUCAAGGGGAGAUUCGCACCCAAGAAUUUCGAAGGGAUACUGCGGCGUUACGUCACUGAGUACGUCAUUUGCCUUGGUUGCAAGAGUCCGGACACAAUUCUCUCAAAGGAGAAUCGUCUCUUCUUUCUCAGAUGCGAAAAGUGUGGAUCUGGACGAUCGGUGGCGCAGAUCAAAGCUGGUUUUGUUGCUCGUGUUGGUCGCAGGAAGACUUGAGAAAUUGGUGGGUGAAGUGAACACUAAAGAGCUUGUUAUGGAGUUGAGAAACUUGUUUUGUUUUUCGUUUUUUUUAAAGAAUAUGAGGCAUAAUCUACUUUGGUCUCCAUACUAUGUCUUUAAAAAAAAAUCAAAUAUGGGAUAGGUUUUGAACA